UUGUCGACCACACAAGGACAUUAUCCUCUAAGAAAAUCUCCCGCCAUUGAAGAUCUAGCGUACACGCGGGAAAGUCCCUUUACAGUUUUCAUAUUCUAAGUCUUGAAAUACGUAAAUACUUUUAGUGCAAGUGAAAACUUUGGGGUUAUAAAUAUGAAGUUAAACCGACGUUUUAAGACCUAUCCAGGUCUACUACCUACCAGUGGGAGGCUCCCUUGCACAGGAUACUAGCUAGAACAUAGAAUGAUAAUCGGGCGGUAUUGGACUAAGUUCUAAGGAUUUCUACCAGUUUACAAUAAUGAAUUUAUAUAAGGCGAUAUUUAAGGUCAUAGUUAUAGCAUCUCACAUCAUUGUUUCCGAUGGCACUGAACACGCAGGUCUUCGGGAUGGCCGUGUUAACGGUCACGUGGUAAAACUAUACUCAGGGCUUCAGCCAGAUCCUAUCAAAUGCCUUGGUGAGGGGUUCCAAGGUGAUCAAAAUGACUGCUCCAUCUUUUAUAGAUGUACAAAGUCGAAUAAAGGACACUACACAGUUUAUAAGUUUCAAUGCGGCCCAGGUACAAUCUAUGAUGCUGACAAAGAGGUGUGUAACCAUCCAGGCAGUACUAAGCGAACUGAAUGUGGCAUGACUUUCGAUAGACAUGUGAAUGUAAACGAUAUAAACGAAAAUCAAUAUGAGUUACCGACACCUUUAACAACAAAGGAUCCUUUUAACUGGGGAUCCAAAGUCAAUGUUGACCCGAGUGCAUAUAUGCCACCGUAUAGUGAUCAUAACCAGUCUUUAGAAGGAUAUCAAUCUUCUGGGCCAAUAAUCACAACAACACAAAGUAUUGUUGAGAAACCAGAUGCACAGUUAAAUAAUAUAAUAGCAUCCACAGCAACUGAAACUUGUACAUCAUCGGGUUUUAUGGGCGACAGCAAAGACUGCAAAAGAUUUUAUAGAUGUGUUGAGAACCUGCGGGGUGGUUUUAUUCGGUACGAGUUUUCUUGUAGCGAUGCAACAAUUUGGGAUGACAGCUUACAAGGGUGUAAUCAUCCUUGGCUAGCACGUAAUAGUCGAUGUAGAAAGGAUAAUUUUAUCCAGGAAAGUAUAAAUCACUCACCUACAACUAUUAAAACGCAGGUGAGUAAUGAGUUAGACUUUGAUGAAAAUCUUGAAUCAGGUUAUGGAUCUAAGCUUUUCAAACCACAAUCACAAAAUCUAAUGAAAGAAGAACACUAUCAAACACCAGUUCACCAGUCUUACUAUGAAAAGUUCACAAAGCCUAAUUUUGAAUCGUCGACUAACCCAUCACUUUCAGAAUUUCAUUACGGUAUUAACAAUUCGACACAUAUUGAUAAUUUUAGUGUAACAUCACCAUCAAAUCCAUAUAUUUAUGAUAAAUUCAAUAACAGCACGACUAAUAACAAAAAGUUUAUUGAGAAUAAAAGCAAUGAUUGCUCCCAAAGUGGGUUUUUUGAAAACAUACAGGAUUGUAAGAAGUUCUAUAGAUGUGUUGAAAAUGGAAGGGGAAGCUUUAAUAAAUACGAAUUUACUUGUAGUGAUGGUACAGUUUGGGAUCAAAAAAAUAAUGCAUGUAAUUAUGCAUGGUCUGUUAAGGGCUGUGAAAGUGACAGAAAAGACAUACUAACAAUAACAACAACAUCCGUUACUAAACCUCCAAUAAAUGCAAGUUCACAAACACUAAAUAGCUAUAAUGUGUACAACGAAGACAAUGAAGUAAAAAAACGUAAUAUAACAGUCACACCUAAGCAUAACAUAACAUCCUCGGGAUAUUCAAAUGCACCAUUUUCUUCUGUUCAUUUCAUGCAAUCAUCGACAAUAACAAAUCAUAUAUUAAAUAAUGACAGUUCAUAUGGUUUUCAUGAAAACAACCCAUUGAUAAGCACAACUAAUAAUGCAUCUCACUCAAUUGAUAAGCCGAUCAAAAAUUUACAGAAUCGGUGCCGAAUAUCUGGUUUCAUUGGAGACUCCCAAGACUGUAAGAAAUUUUAUAGGUGUGUUGAUAGCGGUAAUGGCAAAUUUAUUCAAUAUGAGUUUUCAUGUGGAGAAGGCACUGUGUGGGAUUCCAGGAUUGAGUCUUGUAAUCAUGCUUGGGCUGUUAAUGAGUGUCGCGAAAAGAGUGAUGAAGUUAAAAGAGAAACCACGACAGCUACUACUUAUAUUUCAUCAGCUAGGCCAGUCACUAACCAAAUUGAAAAUAAGUGCAAAAUGGAAGGAUUCAUGAACCAUGAGGAAGAUUGCAGAAAGUUCUAUAGAUGUGUAAGUAACAAUAGCAAUGGUUACAUACGCUAUGAAUAUACUUGUGAAGAAGGCACAGCGUGGGACUUAAGAAUCUUAGCCUGCAGUUCUUUGAUGACUGUUAGGAACUGUAAGUCCUUCAACAAAAACGAAAUACACAUGUUGACUACACCAUAUUUUGAGAGUAACAAACUUCAUCCUAUAGAAACUGUAUCAAGGCAAACUAUCUCAAUAAAUCCCACAACCACAGAAGUGUAUGUAAGCAAAAAAACUUCCAAAUGUGAAAGUAGUGGUUUUAUUGGUGAUGUUUAUGACUGUAAGAAAUUUUAUAGAUGUGUUGAUAAUGGUAAAGGUGAUUUUAUUCAAUAUGAAUUUAUAUGUGGAGAAAACACAGUAUGGGAUCAAGAAAUUCAAGCUUGUAAUUAUAACUUUGACAAUUCAUGUAGAACUGAUACCAAUAAAUUACAAAUUACAACAACCCAAUCAUUGAUUGCCAGCACCCCAUCCACCAUCUCAGCAUUAACAACAACAGCACAAGAAAUCCAACAUUCAACCAUUCAACCAUUUAGUGAUGAAUCAGAACCUUAUCCCAUCAACACAUUUAAUCAAGAUAAAUGUUCAUCUGAAGGAUUUUUCGCAAAUAAUGAAGACUGUAAAAAGUUUUAUAGGUGUGUUAGGGGCAAUGCUGAGAAGUACGACAUUUAUGAAUUCAGUUGUGGAGAAGGUACUAUUUGGGUUCAAGAAAUAUUAGCUUGCGAUUACGAUACAGGUAUAAGUUGCAAUCGUACAACAUCUAAUUCUAGUACCCAGCCAGCUGCACAAGCUACAUUGACAGUUGAGUCUACAACAAUCCGUGUUUCACCAUCACCUUCAAGUUCUAAAAAUCCGUUAGUCGAUAAUGAAACAAUCAAUUACAGCGAAACAACACCAUUAUAUUCUAAUACGAAACAAUCUUCUACAGUAAAGCCACAACAAUCAGAAGAAUGUAAAUCGGAAGGAUUUUAUGAAAAUAAAGAUGAUUGUACACGCUUUUACCGAUGUGUGUCUGAUGGACGUGGAGGACUUCAAAGGUAUGAUUUUGUAUGUGCAGAAGGAACAGCAUGGGAUACCAAGAUUAAUACAUGUAAUCACAUCUAUAAUGUUCCAAGUUGUCAACAUAUUGAUAAUAGCUCACCUAAUCAGGAAAGUCUACCAAAUAAACCCAUAAUACACGAUGGAACAGAAAUGGAAAACCAGAGUACAACCGUAUCAACCACUUCAGCUGGUACAACUACACACAGUCCCACAAAAUCACCUAAAACAACAAUCGCAGCAUCAUCUACAGAAAUUUCACAGACCACUUCCACAACUUCAUCAAAUAGUGCAAAUACACCCAAGACGACAAUAUUAGAAGGAGACACAACAAUGACAACUAAAACAUCAUCCAUGUCUACUAUUAAAGAAAAUGAUUGUAAAGAUGUUGGAUUUUAUGGUAACACUAGUGACUGCAAAAAAUUUUACCGUUGCGUAGAAGAUGGUAAGGGAGGAUUUAUUAAAUAUGAUUUUGAUUGUGGGGAAGGUACUAUAUGGGAUCAAGAUAUAACAACAUGCAAUCAUCCCAAUGAUGUAAUUCGGCCGUCUUGUUCAUCGAAUCAAAAUAAUUCAUCCACUGCCACUACAAACAGCAAGGGUCCAUUAACUAGUACAAAUUCAAAUGAUGUUACCACAACACCAAUGUAUUCCUCGAGCUCAACCAGCAAUCAGCAAUCAACAAGUACCGAACACUCUUCUACGGAAAGUACCACAACAAUGAGUACAAACUCCAGCAGUAAUGACCAACAACACCAGGCUGGAAACAAUAACUUCACAUGUAGUAAAGCAGGGUUCUAUGCUAAUCAAUAUGAUUGUAAAAAAUUCUAUAGGUGUGUUGACUGGAACAACGAUGGUAAAACUUUUUCAAUAUUUUAUUUUGAAUGUGGUGAAGGAACGAUAUGGGAUCCAUCUUUAGAAACAUGCAAUUAUGAAGAAUCAGUAUAUCCCCCUCGUAACUGUAGCUAUACUUCACAAAAUACCACUACUAGCACUACAACAACCACUAAAAAACCAACGCAACAAACUACAUCACCUAACAGUCAAACGACAAAAGAGGAGCAAUCGACUACAGUCAAGACCACAACAACUACUAAGUCAACAAAAGCUACGGAUCAGACCACUGUCAUGGAAAAAACGACUACAGGGCAAACAACAAUUGCAGAAAAAACUACAACAGAGCAAACAACAGUGGCAGAAAAAACAACAACAGAUCAAACAACAGUAACAGAAAAACCAACAACAGAUCAAACAACAGUCACCGACAAAACAACAACAGAUCAAACAACAGUCUCAGAUAAAACAACUACAGAUCAAACGACAAUCACAGAUAAGACAACCACAGAUCAAACUACCGCCACUGAAACAACUACUACAUCAACAACAAGUGAAGGUACGCAACAAACAACCACAGAACAACAACCAACAACUACUGAAACCACGACAGAGUCAUCAGAUAAUUCUACUACAGAAAAGACACCUGCUAAAGAUUGUCCCAAUACUGACAAAAACCAAUAUUUAUAUGUAUGUCCAACUUCAUUUAGAAGACACCCUAAAUACUGUAAUAUGUUUUACCAAUGUCUCGAAGAUGAGGAGAAUCACGAUUUGAAAAUUGCUACCUUUUACUGUCCGAAUAAUACAAUCUAUGAUGAAAACAAAGUCCAAUGUGUUAAUGAAAGCAAAGCUGAAAAAAAAUGUAAUGGAGCUAUGACCCAAACACAUCGUAUUAAGCGAUUAAGUAGCAACUCAGUCGAACCAUUUACAGUCGACACGGGAAGCUAUGCCUGUUCUAAUGUCGGAUAUUAUCAGUUCGAGAGAAACGAAGAAUGUUCUUCAGCUUUCCUGAAAUGCUCGCGUUCAAUUUAUGGAAAUAUAACUGGUCAUGUCUUGCGUUGUCCAAAAGAUUUUGUGUUCUGGACCAUCAGCAAGAGGUGUGAAAGAAUAAUAAAUGUGAAGGGUUGUAAAAGGUCUAAUUAUUCAUGGAAUAGCAGAUUCGAAUUACCGAUUGAAGUUAAAAAUGUUGCACCAUAACAAAUAAAGUUUCUGGAUGUGUUAAAAACCAAUAAAGUGCAAUUCUUUAGCAUUAAUGUAAUGAAAUUUCUUCAUUAGUGAAGUUCUCUUAACUUUAAAUUUAAGAUAUUGUCUAAAUUAAUAGAUACAGUUUAGUAUAGAAUUAACUUGAAUCUAGUCCUACUAACAUUAUUAUUAAAUUAUCCAAUAAUUUCUGUUUCACAGUCUGUACUCAUAACGAAAAUCUGAAAUUUAUGAAUAUUGUGCACAAUAUCAUUAUCAUUCCUUUGAUAUGCGGUAAUGGAAAUAAAUGAUUUUACAUUA